AUGGCGCGCUCCUUAACUUCCCCAGGGGGCCCCUCCCGGAACUACGACCUCUGGAUCUCCCAGCCGGCCUCCGUCGAGGGGCGCCGCAUCCGCCUCCUCAGCCAGAUGGGGCUCAAUCGAGACCUCCGCCACCGCCCCUCUCAUUCCUUCUCCUCCGAUCGGUUGAACCCCAUUCUCCCAGAGUGGGGGUUGAAUGGGGGUUUGGAGAGUAAUGGGGUUGAUGAGACGAAUGCCAUGUGUAUGAUUAAAAAUCUUGACAAUGGAAAGGAGUUUGUGGUGAAGGAGGUUAAGGAAGAUGGGACUUGGAAGAAGAUCAAGGAAUUGGGAACAGGGCGCCAGUUGACCAUGGAGGAGUUCUCAUCCGAAAUGUGUGUUGGGACUUCGCCAAUUGUACAAGAAUUGAUGAGGAGACAGAAUGUUGAGGAUGGUAACAAGGAAGGGUCGGAUCUACAUUCUGAUGGGAGCUUUGGCACUGCAUCUAAGUCGAAGAAGAGGGCGAGUUGGCUGAAAAGCAUAAAGAGUGUGGCGAGUUCUGUUACUGGACAUAAGGAACGACGUAGUAGUGAUGAGAGGGAUACGUCUUCUGAGAAGGGUGGGAGGAGAUCAAGCUCCGCCACGGAUGAUAGCCAGGAUGUAUCCUUUCAUGGGCCAGAAAAAGUUCGAGUUAGGCAGUAUGGGAAGUCUGUCAAAGAGCUCACUGCUAUGUACAAGAGCCAGGAGAUACAGGCUCAUAGUGGUUCAAUCUGGGCUAUUAAGUUUAGCUUGGAUGGGAAAUAUCUGGCUAGUGCUGGCGAGGACUGUGUGAUUCAUGUGUGGCAAGUUGUGGAAACAGAAAGGAAGGGAGAUUUCUUUGACAGAUCGGAUGAUGGGAAUUUCAAUCUUCUGCUUCUAGCCAAUGGAUUCCAGAGCCUUCAUCUGUAUCACCGAAUUUAG